AUGAAUGCUAAUGAUGAGAUUGCGUUCAGUGGAAUGCAACUCAGCCGACAAGGCUUCAGUGGUGCUCAAGUGCGCCAAGGAUUCGAUGCAACUCAAGCUCAAACUCCGCAAGCUGUGAAGACUGGCUAUUUUGAUAUGUCAAACCUCUUUCACAAUGCUAUCAAGGGAAAGGAUGAGAAUGGCAAUGAUGACUAUUUUAUUCCAUGUCCUGCUGGUACAACAAAUGUCAAACUUCAAGCCAAAUGGCACUAUGCUAGUGAAGAUGAAGAUUUGCUGAUCUUGCUAAUGAAGCAGAUUGAGGCAUGCAGUGUUGGGAUAUGGCGAAAUAUGAAUUUUUACGUUAUGAGAAAAACUAUUCAAGUACAAAAUUUUUGA